GAUCACUUGACAGUUGACACCUUAAAAACACCCAAUUUCGAUUAUGCAAGACGCCGUUGUUUUCCUAUCGCUUUUUCAAAGCAAAACAACAGCGAAGAAGUCGGUGGAGUCCUACAUCAGCGCGUAAGUUUUUGAUGGAGAAGAUGAGUGCAGAGAAGAAACCCUCUGAUGCUUCCCAGCAACGCUUAUCCUGCGCCACAUGCUUCGACGCUCUCUAUUUCUGCUAUUCUCCGGUUCAUCAAUUACAACAAUAUUAUAGAGUAGGAGUUCUUGACAAUUGCUAUGGAAAAUGGAAUGCACUUUGGGAUUGUUUGUAUUUGAAAACCAAAUCCCCUUCUCAACUCCAGGAACUUCUAGAAGCUCGCGAGAAAGCUAAGUCCCACAUUUGGACUUUUCGGACGCCUGAAGAAGCACAAUCUUACUGGAAGCAGGAAUUUGGACAUUUAGAUGAUAUGGAUUAAACUGUGUGGAAAGCUUUAGAACUUUCUUUGCAAAUGUUGUUAGCAUCAUUACAUCUUCAUUGCUUCAUCUCAGAUUUUGUAUAACAGGUCUGACAUAAACUGUCAUUAAGCCUCAUGGCUGAGUUUUUUUUUUUUUUUUCCUUAAGCUUCUAUUUGCCUGAGAUAAGAAUAUCUGAAAUUUCAUUUGUCAAGAAUGAGCAAUAUAUGAAUGUGGCAUAUGGAUACUAAAAUAAGUUUGUUUUAUUGAAAUUCUAAUCCUCUGUUUGUGAUCACAAACUCUUCUAACCAAAAUACAACUGAAGGUCCAAAUGUACAGCUAAUUCGGCAGCUUAAAUUUAUUCGUUAAAAUUUCCGAAGGGCCCAGUAAAUAUACAAAAAUCUAAAGCCCAAAUAA